AUGAAAUUAUAUUUAAUAAUAUUGAAUUACAUAAUUUUUGAUUUUUCAAAAUGUGAUCAAAGAGAGAAAAUAUCUCAUAAUGAAGUUGUAGAAGGAAUAGGUGUUUCUGAACAAGCUUUAAAGAAACUACAAGAAUUAAAAAAAAUAGAAUUAGAUCUUUUAAUUGAUAUUGCUGAUAAAGAUAUUCAUCAUAAUGAUAUAUAUUCAAAAUAUCAUUGUAUAUCAAGUGAUUUUAUUUCAUUUAGCAAAAAUUAUGAAAUGAAUUCUGAAAAUAACAAUAAUGAACAAAAUAGAGAGAGUGAAUCCAUUUCUAAAGUUCAAAGUGAGAAAUCAACAAGUUUUUUUAAUAAAGUAUCUUCAUUUUUGGGAAUUUUUGAUUACAACAAUAAAAAUAAAAUUCCUUCAAAUAAAAUUGAUGUGGAAAAGUAUAAGAAAAAGGAGAAACGAAAUGAUAAUAUAUAUAAAGAAGAAAACAAUGUAAUCAUUCAAAAAAAAUCUAAUUCAUAUAUGCAGUUGAAUGGAUUUAAUUUAGCAGGAGUAGUUCCGCUUUUCGGAAGCAAAGAUUCUCCAAAGGAAAAUGUGCAAAUUGGAAACUUUGGAUCUUUUUUUUUUAUUUUUGGAAAAAGUAAUACAGAUUAUCCUUGGGCUUGUGCAUGUGAUCCUAGACAACUAAAAGAAUAUAAAGAAAAAAAAAGAAAUUUUGUUCUAUGUAAUAACGAAAUAGAUAUGUCUAUACAAAACUCUGAUUUAAUAUGCAAUUUUAACAAUUCUUUUAAUUUUUAUUUAUCUUAUAUUCUUAUUUUUCUUAUUAUACUUAUAUAUAUCUAA